GCUAGAGAUGGAGAGAGGGAGAGAGAGCCAUGGGGGACUACCAUUUCGUGUACAAGGACGUCGAAGGCGCGAGCACUCAAUGGGAUGACAUCCAGCGAAAGCUUGGUAAUCUCCCGCCAAAACCCGCCUCUUUCAAGCCUCCACCCUUCACUCCCUCCGACGAUCCCGACCUCCGCCCCAAAUCCAAAUCCUGGAUCGACGAUCGCACCGCCGACGAGCUCGAGGACCUCGAGGACGAUCCCGAUCUCGACGACGACCGGUUCCUUGAAGAGUACAGGAAGAAAAGAUUGGCGGAGAUGAGGGAGGCGGCUAGCGUUGCGAGGUUCGAAUCGGUGGUGCCGAUCUCGGGGUCGGAUUUCGUCAGGGAGGUUUCGCAGGCGUCUCGGGAUGUUUGGGUUGUCGUGUUUCUGUAUAAAGAAGGUAUACCAGAAUGCGAGUUACUUUUGCAAUGCUUGGAGGAUCUUGCAAAAAGAUACCCGGCGACUAAAUUUGUAAAGAUAAUCUCCACAGAUUGCAUCCCGAACUAUCCAGAUCGUAAUCUCCCUACCAUUUUAGUGUACAAUAACAGUGCUGUGAAAGCGACUUACGUAGGGUUGCAUCACUUUGGUUCUCGAAAAUGUACACCUGAAUCUGUUGCUUUAGCUCUUUGCCAGUCAGAUCCAGUGCUAAACGAUGGCCGGAGUGGUGAUUCAUCAAAGUAUGAAGUCAUAGAGGGAGUCCGGAAGAGGUUCAUCGAGAAAGUUGUAAGACAACAUGAAGAUGGCGAGGAUGAAUACUCAAGUGAUUAGGACCAUCAAUAACACUUUCUUUUGUUUAUUUCUCGUUAGUGUGUAAGCUUUGUGAUUAGCGUGUCUUGCGCGCUUUGGAGCUGGCUGUUUGUGUAAGUUAUGGAUACGACCUGUGCAAUUUGUUUCGUGGUUGGUUGUUCCACCAAAAGAUGGUUUCUUUCACGUCGAUGUUGAAUUUCUCUAUGUGCA